GAGAGGUUUGACCCGACCGCCACGCCGUAGACAGUGUCCUCCCGGGUGCGCCGCCGGGCUGCAGCGUGUACGGUGGCCGGAGAGAUGUCGCUGCUUCGAUCGCUGCGCUCCUGCCUGCCAGCACGUUCUGGGAGCAGCCCGGCAGGGCGCCUCCUCUCUCGGCCGCCCCCGUUUCUCGCUGGCGCCGGCCUGUCUUCGUCGACCUCCAGCAAGGAGCAACUCUUGAAGCUGCGGCAGAAGACGGGCUACUCCUUUGUAAACUGCAAGAAAGCUCUGGAGACGUGCGGCGGGGAUCUCAGACAGGCAGAGACUUGGCUCCAUGAGCAAGCCCAGAAGGAAGGCUGGAGCAAAAUCUCCAAGCUCCAGGGAAGGAAGACGAAAGAAGGGCUGAUCGGGCUGCUGCAGGAGGAAAAUGCGGCUGUGUUAGUAGAGGUCAACUGUGAGACAGAUUUUGUUUCCAGAAAUUCAAAUUUUCAGCACUUGGUCCAGCAAGUAGCCCUGGGAGCCAUGCUGCAUUGUCAGAGCCUGACGGAGCAACUCUCCACAUAUAGGAAGGGCUUCUUGAGUUCUUCUGAGCUUUCUGAACUUCCAGCUGGGCCUGAGCACGAAGGAUUUCUCAAGGACCAGCUAGCACUAGCAGUUGGGAAAUUGGGAGAGCACAUGACUCUGAAGCGAGCUGCAUGGGUGAAGGUGCCAUCUGGGUUCUAUGUUGGCUCUUACGUCCAUGGAGCAAUGCAGAGCCCCUCACUCCAAAACCUGGUGCUGGGGAAGUACGGGGCCCUAGUCGUCUGUGAGACGUCUGAGCAGAGAGCAGACCUGGAAGACCUUGGCCGCCACCUUGGGCAGCAUGUGGUGGGCAUGGCCCCUCUCUCGGUUGGCUCCCUAGAUGAUGCGCCUGGGGGAGAGAUGGAGACCAAGAUGCUGUCCCAGCCCUACUUGUUGGAUCCCUCCAUCACACUGGGACAGUAUGUGCAGCCCCAGGGGGUGACUGUGGUAGACUUUGUGCGCUUUGAAUGUGGAGAAGGCGAAGAGGAAGCAGAGGCUGAGUAGGUUCCAGAGACUUGACUGAGGAGACGAUGUUUAUUUUUAGCUCUGGACAUCACUCGAAAAAGAAGUGUUUCCUAAACCUCUUUAAAUCUAGACUUUUUUUUUCAUUUAUGAGUUUAUUAAAUAAACUUGUCACAUGAUAAAGAGAAUAGAA